GGACGUUGCAUCCAGGCCCCUGACGCUGUCUAAACGGGCCCGGGCUAGCAUUCGUCUGGCUGCACCUUCCGCGCUGCACUUUACACCUGUUUCUUCUUGCCCCGGAUGGAUUGCGAGUGUGCCCGGAGCCUGGCGCGCUGCCCGCGGGGCGGCAGGGGACGCUUAGGAGCGCAGGAGCCGCCCCCUUCCUCAUUCUUUGGGAGUGAAGCCCGUGCCCGGUCUUGGAUCCAGAGGCAGCAAGAGGCCGGUUUCCUCCCGGCUUUCGUCGUCUGUUGGGUAGCUCCGGAGGGGCACAUGAGGGGAUUGCGCGGUCGGAGCCGGUGGAGAAUGAGCCUCCCUCCGGGUAGCAGCGGUGACAACCCCUACCCCAACACCUACCCCGAUGACUACCCCGGUGACUACAACUUCACGAUGCCCGACCGGGACAGCUCGGACAUGCUGCCCUACACGCUCACGCCGCUCCACGGCCUGGCCCUGGCCUUCUAUGCCCUGGUCUUCAUACUGGGCGUGCUGGGCAACGGGGCCGUCAUCUGGGUGACGGGCGUGGAGAUGAAGCGCACGGUGAACACCGUCUGGUUCCUCAACCUCGCCGUGGCCGACCUGCUGUGCUGCCUGGCGCUGCCCUUCCUGGCCAUGCCCCUCAUCCGCGACCACCACUGGGCGCUGGGCAGCUUCCCCUGCAAGCUCCUGCCGUCCCUCACCAUCCUCAACAUGUUCGCCAGCGUCUUCGUCCUCACGGCCAUCAGCGCCGACCGCUGCGCCCUGGUGACCCUGCCCGUCUGCCCCUCGGCCGGUCGGGCCUGGGGCGUGUGGGGGGCGGCCUGGCUGCUGUCGCUGCUCCUCACCGCGCCGUCCUUCUUCUUCCGCAAGACGCGCACGGACGUCUUCUCCCCCAAGGUGACGUGCGUGCUGGACUACGCCGCCAUGCCCGGGCACCAGCACGCGACCGAGGUGGCCACGGCCGCCCUGCGCUUCGCCUGCGGCUUCCUGGCGCCCUUUGUCGUGAUCUGCACCUGCUACGGGCUGCUCCUCGCCCGGCUCCGUGACAGCCGGUGGGGGCUGUCGCGCCGGCCCACCCGGGUGGUGCUGCCGGUGGUGGUGGGCUUCUUCGUGUGCUGGCUGCCCUACCACGUGGUGGGACUGGUCCUGGCCACGCACGUGCCCGGCGCGGCCCCAUACAGCCUGGCACACGCCGCUCAGCCGCUGGUGCUGGGCCUGGCCUACGUCAACAGCUGCCUCAACCCCCUGCUCUACGUGCUGCUGGCCCGCGGGCUCCGGUGCUCCCUGGGUGCCCGCCUGGCCGGCGCCUUGCAGGAGUUGGAGCCCACCGCCUCGACGCCCUCCAAGUCCACCAGCGACCGGGCCACCAUGGAGGAGCAGGUGUAGCCGGCGGGCACCGGGGAAGGGCUGAGCGCUGGCACCGCAACGAGUUGGCGUCCCUGGGUGCGUCCUCGGUGCCACUUGGGUGCCAGCUGCUUGCUUGGCCCCAGUGAGACUGAAGUCGGUUCCUUAUUCCUGGUUCCUUUUUCAAAGCUGAUCUAGAGCCAAUAAAAGCUUAUUAAUGAACU